AUGUUGACCUUAGUCAUAAAAAGAGAAGAGACUGAGGAAGGAUCGAUUCACUCUAAGGAUAAGAAUUGCCCUUUGAAUUUUACUCGUUCAAACUUCACACUGGCAUCCUCUCUAUGCUCUGACCAUGGUGACCGAGGAAAAUGCUGCCGCUACAUUAAUACUAACGUCGCAAUUGCUGUUUCUCGUUUUGCUAAUGCAACAGGAAACCUAGGGGUCCCUCAAAAUGCAUCUGACAUCUGCCUCCAAACCAUAUUUCAAACCAUGCAACUUAAUGGAGUUGCACAAAAUGCAACAGCUUUCUGUGGUUUCGGAACAAAAAUUCCUGUUAAUUAUGAAUGCAAGGGGCGAACAAGUGUUGUCCAAAUGCUGCAAUCCCCCAGAUUUACAGAAGUCACUAAAAAUUGCAUAGCACCACUUGGAGAGGAAAGUAAAUGUAAGAAGUGCUUAAAUGCCGGCAUUGGUUAUCUGCAUCAUAUCGGAAUUGAAGAUAAUAUAACACUAAGUACGUGUCGUGAUGCCACUUUUGCUGCACUAGCAAGCCAAGUUGAUGAGAUAUCUACAAUUGACAUUGCAAUUUGUUUCUUUGGGGUUCAAGGACUUCUCAAUAUCCCUGUUUCAGAGUCAUCCUCCUUGCCUGCUCCGAAGGCUUCUCCAAGGCCACCGAUUGCUGAUGGCCCAAGUCAACCAUUGUUAAGUGCACCUUUAAAGGGAAACCACCAUUCAUAUCAUUUGACAUUAGUUCCAGGUAUUGCUAUUGCAGUUACAGCUGUUGCUGUUAUCACACUCAUAGUCUUGAUAGUUCUAAUUCGCCAGAAAAGCAGAGAGCUAGACGAGCCAGAUAAUUUUGGUAAACCCUGUUCAAAAACCUUACCUCCUUGUGCAACAUGGAAAUUUCAGGAAGGUUCUUCAUCUAUGUUCCGAAAAUUCAGCUACAAGGAGAUAAAAAAGGCAACAGAGGAUUUUCACACUAUCAUUGGUCAAGGGGGAUUUGGAACUGUAUAUAAAGCGAAUUUUUCUGAUGGCGUGGUUGCAGCAGUUAAACGGAUGGACAGGAUCUCUGAGCAGGGGGAGGAGGAGUUCUGCAGAGAAAUUGAGCUUCUUGCCCGGCUGCACCAUCGGCAUCUUGUUGCCUUAAGAGGCUUUUGCAUUAAAAAACGUGAGAGGUUUCUAUUGUAUGAGUACAUGGGAAAUGGAAGCUUGAAAGAUCAUCUUCAUACCCCUGGUAAAACACCUUUAAGUUGGCGGACAAGAAUCCAAAUUGCCAUUGAUGUGGCCAAUGCACUGGAGUAUCUCCAUUUCUAUUGUGAUCCUCCUUUGUGUCACAGAGAUAUUAAAUCUAGCAACACUUUGUUGGAUGAGAACUUUGUCGCCAAGAUAGCUGAUUUUGGCCUUGCACAAGCUUCAACCGAUGGAUCAGUAUGCUUUGAACCUGUAAACACUGAAAUCCGGGGAACUCCAGGUUAUAUGGAUCCUGAAUAUGUUGUUACUCAAGAGCUCACCGACAAAAGUGACAUCUACAGUUUUGGGGUGUUACUACUUGAAAUUGUAACAGGAAGACGAGCCAUUCAAGAUAAUAAGAAUCUAGUAGAAUGGGCUCAACCAUUCAUGGAAUCAGAUACGAGAUUAUUGGAGCUAGUAGAUCCCAACGUGAGGGAAUCUUUUGACUUGGAUCAGCUCCAAACAGUAAUAUCUAUAGUAGUAUGGUGCACCCAGAGAGAAGGAAGAGCAAGGCCUUCAAUAAAACAGGUACUUAGGCUUCUGUAUGAGACAUCAGAACCCAUGCACAGUGAUUUUCUACAAGCUGUCGAAGAUGAAGAAUGUCAGGGAAGUCAGCAUAGAGGCAGAAGAAGCAAGGGGAAAAUGCUCAGAAAUGAGGCAUUGUUUCACAGCGGAGAGGGAAGAUAUCUUGCUUCAUCUUCGAGUACAUCCCGGUCAUAUUGCAGUAGAAGUUUUUUACUGGAGACUGGCUCUCCACAGUCUCCGCCGAAUAUGUUCUCUGUCUGA